AUGGACGGGCUGACGGGAGUACAAUUGAAGUUUGCUCAAAAGGCGUACCAGCUGUUUGGCGUGAGAGAUUACCCAGCCGACUUGGCCGCUUUCCUUCGUGUUUUCUCGGCGUGCCUGGCGCACAAGCUGGCGUCCGCUCUGCUCAACAGGGUGGCGGUGUGCCAUUUCGUGAUGAAGCAGUGGAACGCGUGCGAGGCGUGCACUCGACGUGCGCUCUCUGUUCAUGCGACAGGGCGCUACCCAAGUGCACGACGACGGGUGCGCGUGUUCAUCUCACAGGAGCGCCUCCGAGGGCCGCAGCAGGCAAUCAGCACAUAUCGUGAUGCCAUCGAUGGGGCUGCCGAAGUGGCUGCUGUGAAAGCGUAUGCGAACUACACCAGCUUCUAUGCUGCCCAUCAGUACGGCACAGCUCUUAAGAGUCUGGAGGUAGUGUUGUGA